AUGGGGGACUGGCACCUGCUUGGAAGGCUGCUGGAGAGUGUGCAGGAGCACUCCACAGUCGUGGGCAAAGUCUGGCUGACGGUGCUCUUCAUCUUCCGCAUUCUGGUCCUGGGUGCUGCUGCAGAGAAAGUGUGGGGGGACGAGCAGUCCAACUUCUCCUGCGACACCAAGCAGCCCGGCUGCCAGAGCGUCUGCUACGACCAGACCUUCCCCAUCUCCCACAUCCGGUUCUGGGUGCUGCAGAUCAUCUUUGUCUCCACACCCAGCCUCAUCUACCUGGGCCACAUCCUGCACCUGGUGCGCAUGGAACAGAAGGAACAAGAAAGCCUGGAAGCUCAGGGUAGCAGCUCCCUUACGGGACACCCUAACCCUAACCCCACCAAGGUCUCCAUUCGGGAUACUCAAGGUAGGAUCCGCCUCCAGGGGGCCAUUCUGAGGACUUACAUUUGCAACAUCAUCUUCAAGACCCUCUUUGAGGUGGGCUUCAUCUUGGGGCAGUAUGUCCUGUAUGGUUUUGAGCUGAAGCCUCUCUACACCUGCAGCCGCUGGCCCUGCCCCAACACAGUCAAUUGCUACAUCUCCCGCCCCACUGAGAAAACGAUCUUCAUCCUCUUCAUGCUAGCCGUGGCCUGCCUCUCCCUCCUGCUCAACAUAGUAGAGGUGUACCACGUGGCCUUCACCAAAUGCAGGGUGAGACAGUCAGCCAGACACAAUCCAGGUGCUGAGGAGGAGGCUAGGAGUCCCGAUCCCCAAGGACAUGGGAGCACUACUCCACCCCGUAGUAUCACUUUGCAGUCUAGGGACAAGGUCUCUAAGGGGGAGAGCCCUGGAGCAGGGAUGGUGAAUGACAGCCCCGCUUGGGUUGCGAGCCAGAAGCGAGACAGCAAGUGCAGCAAGACUGGCAGCAAAUGGAAGCCUGGCGACCUAGCUGUUUAGCCCAGUGGAUGCUGUGCUCGGAGACAGCGAGACUGUGGAGCUGAUGUGGUCAGCCUAGAACCCAAACCCCCAAGCGUCUCCCCAUUGCCUGACUAGAAAAGAAGAGAUGCAGAAGCCAGGACCCUUGAAGGAGUGAAGCGGUGGUGGGGAGAACAACCCUCUCACUGCCUGGGCCUGUCCACACCCCUUUCAAGUUAGGAAGCAGUAGCUGAGCAGAAGGACAGGAGCAGAGACUGCGGCGGAGGUCUUCCCAGCUCAGCAGGAUAUUCUGGGGCUGGUCUCAUAGCUAAACAGAGCAUCUAAGAACUAACGGUCUGCCUGGUACACUCCAUAUCCCCCCCCCCUUUAAAGUAUAUGGUAAGACCCAUCCCUUCUGACCCUUGGUAGGAACAGCAGGAAAGCCAGCAGGAGAGUGUGCUGGCCGUGUGGCUCAUGCUUGGGUCUAGGAUGAGGUCUGCAGAGCCUCUUGCCACCUAGUGGUCGGAACAGACAAGGGCACCCAAGCGGCAGGAAGAAGCUCCUCCAUGGGUUCCAAAUGCAAAUAGGGAAGCAAAGGAAGGGGAGCUUGCCUCUCACCUGCAUGAGCCUGUCAGAUCACUGUCUAUCAAGUGAAACUAUCCUGACAACCGGGGCUCUCAGGUUCACAUCUUUCACAUUACUGAAUCAUUUCUCUAACUGGAGGUGCC